AGUGGACGCUCUCAGAGACAGAGACAGACUGAAUCCUGCAGACCUGCCUCAGGAGCGCACGCUCCAGCCACAAGAUGCGCGCUGUGAGCCCCAGCUUGGGAGGAGCUUCGGGUUUUCCACCCGCGUUUCCACGCCAGUCUUGAGUGAAGACUCGCUCGCCAAAGGAGAUACAGGGCCAAAAGGAGCCAGCACAGCUUCUUCCCAGUAAAAUGAGCCCACCAGACACAUCCAACAGCACAGAAGAGGAAGGGGAGGCUGGUGGAACCGAUUCCCUGGCUCUGCUUAAUGACAGCAUGGGUGUACACCCACCUGGUUUCCACACUGACAUCACCAAGCACCUUGGCGUUCAGAUCACGCUGAUAACGGCGUAUUCGCUAAUCAUUCUGCUGGGGCUGCUGGGCAAUGCUCUCGUCAUCUACAUGAUUAUUCACUACAAAAACAUGCGAACAGUGACCAACUUCUUCAUAGCGAACCUGGCCCUUGCGGACCUCUUGGUGAACACUCUGUGCCUGCCUUUCACUCUGGUCUACACUCUGUUAGAUGAGUGGAAGUUUGGGGCUGUGUUGUGCCACAUGGUGCCCUUUGCCCAGGCCCUCAGUGUGCACGUGUCCAUCCUUACCAUGACUGUCAUUGCUUUGGAGCGUUACCGCUGCAUCGUUUUCCACCUCAAUCGGCGGCUCACGUGGCAUUCCAGCUUCCUCAUCAUGGCCUUCACCUGGACUAUGUCUGCUGUCUUGGCUGCACCCUUGGCCAUCUUCAGAGAGUACCGCAACGAAGAGAUACCUUCCAUCAACCUGCGUAUUGCUGUCUGCUCUGAGAAGUGGCCCCAUGGCACCAGCAGGGAUGGAGUCAUUUACAGCCUCUCAAUGCUGCUCCUACAGUACAUUAUCCCUUUAGCCGUCAUUAGCUAUGCCUACAUCUGCAUCUGGGUCAAACUGAAGAAUCAUAUCAGUCCAUCCAGUCGCAAUGACAGCAUCAACCGCCGCAAAAAGACCACCAAGAUGUUGGCGCUGGUGGUGGUGGUGUUUGUCAUCUGCUGGCUGCCCUUCCAUGUGUUUCAGUUGGCCAGUGAUCUGGACCUGGUUCUCAGGUUCAAGGAGUACAAACUGAUAUACACGCUGUUCCACAUCGUGGCUAUGUGCUCCACAUUUAUCAACCCUCUUCUGUAUGGGUGGAUGAAUAAAAAUUACCGUAACGGCUUCCUUAUGGUCUUCCGUUGUGAGGAUAAGCCGGACACUUUCCACCCAGAGGGUUCGUUCCGGACACGUUCCAUAAGAGGGAUGACUCUGAAUGGCCGUAAUGGUGGGCACCCUCCAACUGCUGUAUGAGAGGAACACCUUUUUUUUUUUUUGUACUGUAUAAUAUUGUUGAACACACUGAAUACACCGUUGUUUCGUGUUGCUUGUGGUUCAAAAGUAGCCUUUUGACUCGAAUGGUGUGGUCUUACAUAUCUUGGUCUCUGAGGGCUUUGCAUGUAAAUCGCCUUAUGUAACAGUCUUUACUUUGUGAAUGACACUAGUGAAAAUACAUUCGUCAAACCUAUUGAAAUUUGUGUUGAAAAAUGUUUACUCAGAUGUUAAGUAACUCGGUACAAUGUAUAAUGUGUUUUGUUUGUAAGUAAUGUCCAAAUAAUAACGUUCUCAGCUGCAUAUGCAUUGCCUGUCUGGGGCUUUUCGGUGUGUUUACACUUACACUUCUAUGGUCAAAUGGUGAAACAUUUGAUCGAGCUUAAACCAAUUAUUUUUUCAGUAAUUACAGUGUUCUAGCUGAAUUGUGCAUUUAAGGAAUCCAGAGCCGGCUACUGCUGAUUUUCUGUCCCGCCAGGAAGUUAAUUGUGUUCACCUGGCAACAAGCCGUUCCCGAUCAGAUGGACCAGCAGGACUCUGUGUCCAAAGGAAUGUGAUUGAAAAGCGGUGAACCGUGUGAAGUGAGAGCAACAAGUUCUUGAUGUCUUCAUUAGAGAAUGGGAUCAGGCACUGGGUAGGGUGUUUUGGAAGAAGUUAAAACAUGCAACGUUUUAUUUAUUACACUUUACUGAUGGACUGUAUUUUUUGGUGGCGUUUGUGACAGGGGAAACAUGAACAUUAGUUUGACAUUGAGGAAAAAUGAUGCCUCCAUGUGAAUGAAUAGUAAAAUAUCUGAUAAAUUAUGUCUGGGUGCAGUAUAUCAUUGAAAGUCACGGCAUGCUACAAAAACUGCUGUUGUGGUAAAAAAAAUAAAACUUAUGGAAAAUCUGUAGCUGGGAAACAGCCAAACCAAAGACAAAAGGUGCAUUUAAAAAAGAAAGAAAGAAAAAAGACUAAAUCAAGUCCUAUAAUCAAAGUUUCAGACGUGAUUUUAAACAAACACCACAACAGUCUAAAUAACAUUCAGUAAAGUAUUUAUUGGAGACAAAUGUGGCCUAUACAGUGUGAUUUAUUCUCCAGCAGACAGAAUAUAUAUGGUGUUUUGUGCUGCGUGUUUCUCUUGACACCCACAUUAUUGAUUGCAUAGCUUAGCCUAUACUCCUUUUUAUGUGCUGCAGAUUAUUAUAACAGCUCUGAGCCUUUAGCAGGACGACCAGCAGAGGCAUAUUAUACUUAGUUCCACGGCAUUUAGGCCCAUUAGGUGUUAGAGCUAAUGUGUAAGGAUUUUGCCACAUACUGGAGAUGCUUUCAGGGUUGAUUUUAGCUGUGCAGAACAAAUGAUGCAUCUGUUCUCUGCUACAGUGUGCUCAAGGCGAUAUGUGAUUACCAUGGUCUCCAAAAUUACCAUGGAUAUGUUUCUUUUCUUUUUGUGUUUGAUUUACCUUUGUCUUGUAGAAAAAUUUACAAUUUUCUAGGUGGUGCACUUUUAUGUAAUCAAAUAUUUAUUUGUUUUCACAAUAUACGACCCAAAUACGAUUAUUGUGGCAAUUCACUCCUUCCCAUAACAGAUAAACAGAUCCCCUGAAGUCCCCCAAUGACAGUCAACCUCAAAAGAACAAUAUUUUAUUUUUUUUGAUGGGGGGGGAGCAAAAUAACAAAUUAAUAAAUACAUUUGCUAAUUUUUUUUCACAGCCUUGUUUAAUUAUCAGAAUAUAAAUUGCGAGGUUGAUAGUUUGCCAUCUUGAAAAAGUGGAAACCACUGCUCUUUAUGUGCAUGUUGUACUGUCACAUAGUGACCUCUAGUGUUCAAAGUGUAUAGUUUUUGUUCUUUUCAAGAAUCAAGAAGAAUCAUGAAUUUUAAUGGUCAUUAUGAGGAAAGUUUUGCAGUGACUCCCGGCUUAAAGGCACACAAUAAAAUAACAAAAAUAACAAAACACACUUAAAUAAGGCACAACGAAAUGUAAAACACAA